GAACAGCGUUUAGUACGGUAGGGCAUUUUGUCCUUUGGGUGUGUUCGCGUAUAUCCGCAGUAUCAUCCUUGCUUGAGAAAGCUUUUCUGGUGUUAGCAGCUUUUUCAGUCUGUCAUUUUGCAGUUUUUCGGGAGGUCGCUAUGGCAGCCACUUAUAAAUUGGUCCUUAUUCGUCAUGGAGAAAGCACUUGGAAUCAGGAAAAUCGAUUCUGUGGUUGGUUUGAUGCCGACCUUAGUGAUACCGGCAUGAAAGAAGCGAAAAUGGGGGCGCAAGCUCUUAAAGAUGCAGGCUACAAAUUUGAUGUAUGCUACACCUCUGUGUUGAAAAGGGCAAUUCGUACUCUGUGGAUUGUGCUUGAUGGUAUCGAUCAAAUGUGGCUACCAGUAAUAAGAACAUGGCGCCUGAAUGAGCGACACUAUGGUGGCCUUACUGGACUCAAUAAAUCUGAAACUGCUGCUAAGCAUGGUGAAGAGCAGGUCAAGAUCUGGAGACGUUCCUUUGACAUUCCUCCCCCAACAAUGGAUGAAGACCAUCCAUAUUAUCGUAUUAUCAGUAAGGAUCGACGUUAUGUAGACUUGACAGAGGAUGAAUUGCCAUCUUGUGAGAGCUUGAAGGAUACAAUUGCUCGAGCUCUGCCUUUCUGGAAUGAUGAGAUUGCACCAGAGAUAAAGAAAGGUCAAAGAGUAUUGAUAGCAGCUCAUGGCAAUAGCUUGCGAGGUAUUGUCAAACACCUUGAAGACAUGACUGACGAAGCAAUCAUGGAAGUGAACUUGCCUACAGGAGUUCCCAUAUUGUAUGAACUGGAUGAGAACUUGAAGCCCAUCAAACCAAUGCAGUUCCUUGGUGAUGAGGAAACUGUCCGCAAGGCUAUGGAGGCAGUUGCUGCUCAGGGAAAAGCAAAGAAAUAAAACUUGUCCAGAACUACAUUGUAACAAGUGCAUCUUUAACACCUCUUAAAUGGUGGUUACAGAUAUGGUUGGGCUUCAGUUUUUAAACUUUCCUGGAUAAGUAUCUUAAUGGGUCCAUAUUUAAAGUUUUGACUGAAGCUGCUUGGCCUACUUCUAAGGGCACAACUAGGUUUGAUGGAUCCUCAAUACUGUAAAGGAAUCAAUUUGUUUACAACUUUUGGCUGAAUGUGUGGCACUUUGAUCAUAUACUGUAACUUAUUUAAGGUUUGUUUGACUUGAAUCCAAGCUUCUGAACCUGCUUGAGUGAUACCAUACAAGUUCUGUAGUGCUGAACUUGUCAGAACAAAAAAAUGUUGCUCAUACUGUAAUUGCUUUGUCAUUAAAGGAUUAAUGUGCAAUGA